AUGCGCCUGCGUCAUCGCCUGGAUCCGGGGCCAGCUCUAAAACGGCCAGAAUGGAGUCUGGCCCUAAUUCCGGAUCACUACUCCGUACUUGUCUAUAAUUCAUUGCCUAUUCGACGCUUUUCCGGGGUCGGUUGGACCGAGCGUGUGAACCUCGAUCUUGAGAUCCUAGCGACUUCUCGCAAGUCGUCUUAUGCGUUCCUCGAUCGGGAAAGAGCAGUUGCCGAGCGAUCCUUCAUUACGGCGAUGCUGAUUGGUGAAAAGACCACUGGUCACGGGAAUGUUCCCUCUGGGCCCAAUGACUGCACGCCCCUAGUGGCCUACGCACCUCAAUUACCGACGGAAUUCAUUCUACAGUUCUAUGAACCCAUCAACGGCAAGACAGAUUCAGCUUGCAUAAAGGUCGGCAAUUCCUCCCGACCGGAAGCUAUCAAGUCGGGGUGGUACGAUGCCGGACACUUGACCGAUCGGGGCAAUUCUCUGAACUGCGGCGCCGGAAAUCCGUCCGAACUCCCGCAGAUUUACGAGAAAAGCCCGCAGAGCAAGGCGUGCAAUGCCCAUGGGUAA